AGGUGUGUCCGCCAUCUUGGAACGGUUCACUUACGUCACUCACAGUUGACUACAAUGCCCUAACACGGCUCCUUGCAGCCAUGGCUGUGAAAACCACGGGGAUUUAAAUUCCCGAAAAAUGGGAUAACCUUUCGUUAUGUUGUGUUGAUCACGUGACACGAGUCAAGUGGGAAAUCGAAAGUAAAGACUAUACAGCUGUUUUAAGAAGACUUAAAUUGCCUUUCUUGAAGAAAUAAAUCUGUCUGAGACAAGAAAAGUUAACGGACCAAACCCCGUUCAGAAGACAGAAACCGAACGAGAAGACAAAGGAAAGACAGCAGGGACAACGGAUUCAAAACUGAUCAUAUCGUCCCAAUUUAAGAUGGAUGAUAAAUCAAACCAAGGUUCACCAAGUCACAGCUGCUCAGGAGAGCCACCUGUUGGCACUAAAGGAAAUCCUUCAAGUCUUGUGGAAAUCAAAGUUAAUGGAAAAACUGGAAAGAAGAAAAAGAAUAAACGCAGACAAAGGCCGGCAUGUCAAAACACAACAGAAUCUCUGUGCUCCAGCGUCGAAGUUGAAGAUCAGUCUAAGCAGACCAAAAAAAGGUCUGCAAGGUCAAAGCAAGAAAAUAGUGCACAGAAAACAGAUAGAUCGACCCGUGACCAGUCGACCCAAACGGAGUCUCCAGAGUCUGUCCAAACACAGAUUGAAACUCCUUCAGAUCAGGGUAUAAACUCACCAGCAACAGAAUCAAAGUCCACCCAAACACUUCGGAGCAGUUUUACCUUACACCAGGCAUACUGGGGAAAAUCUUCAACUGUUGACGGGUCGGUUGAUGAACUGGCACCUCAGUCUAACUCCACUAGCAACCAACUGACUGUGAUCUCCUGGAACAUUGAUGGUCUGGAUCUAGAAAAUGUUUAUUCCAGAAGUAAAGGCCUGCUGUCACACUUAGGAAAGUACCGUGCGGAUGUGGUACUGUUGCAGGAGCUGAUUCCUCCGUAUGUGAAUCUUUUACAGAGCAUCAUGAAAGAUUAUGAGUUUGUGCUAGGCAAUCAGGAGGGCUAUUUCACUGGGAUUUUGCUUAGAAAAGGCAGAGUGCAAUUUCUUGAGAGCAACAUUGUAAAGUAUCCCACCACAGAGAUGAACAGAAAUCUUCUAAUCGCAAAUGUGAGCUUUCUUGGUCAUCCGUUGUGCAUUAUGACAUCUCACCUGGAAAGCUGCAAGGCUAACUCGCAGGAGCGCUUGAACCAGCUACGCAGAGUCUGGAAAUGGAUGAAAGAGGCACCGCUGGACCAUACGGUUAUAUUUGGAGGAGAUACCAACCUUAGGGAUUGGGAGGUGAGAAAGCUUGGGGGGCUUCCUAAUGGUAUCUUUGAUGUGUGGGAGACGUUGGGGGAACCAGAAGAGAGCAGAUAUACCUGGGACACGUCCAUCAAUGAUAACAAGGAAAUACCUAAUUCUAUACGCAUACGAUUUGACCGACUUUUCUUCAGGCCUGCAGGUGCUCAGGUGCAGCCUGAAACCAUGACUCUGAUUGGUCUGGAGAAGCUGAAGUGUGACUAUUUCAUUAGCGAUCACUGGGGCAUCCUUUGCACAUUUUUAUAUGGGUCGGCAUAGAAACAGUGUGUCACGCAAUGAUUUUAGUGUUUAUGGCCCGAAUAACGUUAUAACACCUUUUAAACAAGCUAUCGCUGAUAAACUUGAUGAUUGACAUCAUGAGCAUUUGAACUCCAGUUUAAAGGAUUGCCAUAUAAACCUAGUAUAUCUAUAUGUGGAUAUUAGUUGAUUUUAAUUGUAUUCAAAUAGUAAUGUUUCUUUUUGCAUGCUACAACACAAAAGAAAGAAUGAAAUUGCUUUUUUUGUCCACUAGAGGGAGCCCAAAGAACAGCCUGUUAUUCCCCUUCAAGCUUCGACCUUAAGGGAAUAUUAACCAAAUAAAUGUUUUUAUUUUGUUGAUCUU